AUGCAAUUACAAGUAUAUUCCUAUCUAUCUAUCUAUCUAUCUAUCUAUCUAUCUAUCUAUCUCUGUCUCUUCAUAUCGUUCUUUGUUUCUUCUCUCUCUCUCUCUCUCUCUCUCUUCUAUGCAUUUAUGUUGGUAUCUCGUUUAUAUGUUAAUCUGGACAGAUAUCUCUGUUCCUCCUAUCUAUCUAUCUAUCUAUCUAUCUAUCUAUCUAUGUUUUUUAUCGCCGUCUCUUCAUAUCGCUCUUUCUUUCUCUCUCUCAUCUAUGCAUUUGUGUUGAUCUCUCUGUCCCUCCUAUCUAUCUAUCUAUCUAUCUAUCUAUCUAUCUAUCUAUCUAUCUAUCUGAAACUGUUCAUAUCUAGCUAUUUAUUUUGCGGUACUAUCAACUGUCCUCUCCCCCAUCGCUCAACCCGCCCUGGAACAUAUUCAUCCCACCACCCGCUGAUUCGUCACCUUCGGAAAGGUUAUGCCAAAGUAGAGUGGGGUAUCUAUCUAUCUAUCUAUCUAUCUAUCUAUCUUGAUCUGCUCAUUAUCUAUGUGUCUAUCUAUUUAUCUAUCUAUCUAUUAUUAUUAUUAUUAGAUGUAUUAAAGACUUAA